AUGAGAAGCUCUGAGAUGAGAAUGGAAAUGCCGAAUCAAAUACAACUAGAUUUGAAAAGUAUUUGGUGCUUUGAAGAGCAGCCUGAUUUGGAAUGUUGCAUGUGCAUGCAGACGGUUUCUGAGGAGCCGUUGAUUCGAACCUUCCGAGUUCUCCAACCAGAAGAAGAAAAGCAGCAUGGUACUAAGACCUUGCAGACAACGAACGGAGAAUGCCUUAUUCUAUACGACCGGCAUCUUUCUUGUUUGUUGAAAGGUAAUGUCCAGUACAUUACAAUCUCGCAUGUCUGGCACAAAGGUAUCUCCGACACUCAGAUUCAAGGACCCUCAGAAAGCCAGGAUCCGGACGUGCAACACUUGGUCUUGCACGUCCCCACCGAGAUAGCAAAGAGUGUCUCCAAGGCUUUGCGCAAGGAUGUUGAGAUUUGGCAUGACUACAUAAGCGUGCCUCAGUGGUCACCGACUGUCAAAACUGCAAUUCUGCAGGCAAUGCAUCGGGUCUACGCUGAGUCGGCUCUUACAGUUGUUCACUUAGAAGAUGUCACGCCAACUAUGAUGGACAUAUUCCUCGAUGGUGAAGACGAUGAAGCUCGCCUGAAAGGCAUGAUUGGGAUUUGCAAUGCGAAAUGGUACAGCCGCGUGUGGACUGCAAUGGAGUACAUCCGAAGCGCGAAAGUGAGAAUUAUGGAUUCAGAGUUUCGACUACAUGGUGAGGAGUCCGCUCAGGUCUACCAAGAACAGCUUAACAAGUUCUGGUCUGAGCAAAUCGUUAAAAACGAGGGUGACGUGAAAGAAUUGGAAGCCCGAUUAGACAUUGGCGAAAAUAUCGUGCCUUGGAAUCUGGGUUCAUUGAGCCUAUGCCGCGCAGAUUCCAACAGCCGGAACUUCGGCCUCGCCUUCGCAUUACUGUCUCGUCGGGGCUGCCGCGACAACUACGACUUCCUCUACGCACUCCAGGGUAUCAUAACCGGGUCUUCGGUUACGAAGCUGGACGGUGAGAACUGGGACAAAUCGUAUCUGAAUCUAGCACAACAGUGUUUGAAGGAGGGCGAUUAUACUCCCCUGCUGAUGACACCAGAGUUUGGACCAGAAGAUGGCUUAGAUGUUCGGAAUAUGCCAGCAAACAAUGUUGCUGAAGGUUACAAUGAUGUUUAUGCAUUUUCUAUAGGGCAUAUGACAUCACCACCAGAGUACCACGAAGCUCUCCAUAUCCUAGAUAAUGGUGAUAUAACCCUCAAGAUGCAAAACGCUGGUAAAGUCUGGAAAUCUGAGCAGUGGGAUGGGUCUUACGAUGAUCUUGCCCACUUUUGCGCACGAAGUCUCGACACGCCGAAUGUAGACGACUUCGCAGACCUUUUUGGCUCGCGACUACAAUUCGGGUUGAAGGAGAACAUGAUGCAAGCUUUGUCUGUUGGCGACCGUCGACAAAAGCUAGAGCAUACGCUUGUCUCACUGUCAAAAGUUCCCCUCGGACAGCCUUGGCCUUCAGAUAGCCCGUAUGACAUUUUUGGUAUUAUCGAGGCUUUGGGUUUAUUGGAAUGUUGGCCAGGGCAGUCACAGUCUCGCUAUGACUUCCAAGGUACCACCGGUAAUGUCUUGCAUUUGACAUGGCGUCGAUUUCGUGUGUGGGUUGCAUGUACAACCUGCGGUGCACGGUCCGUCAACGACGCUGGUUUAUUCAUCCAAAAUGAGCAUGGAGAGGUUAAUGGUACUAUCAUGUAUCGUUUUCCCGGGCUUGGCUACUCAAAUACCCUUCCAAGCGGCAUUUGUCUAUUGGUGGAGGGGAAUGGCAGGAUUGUUGGGCGGGCAGUAUGGGCUACACCGGUUUGCUCAUGCGAAGGGCUGGAGACCGUGAGGCUGAGGAUGCCUGCUCUUCCGAAGCCUCGGCCAAGGUCGGAAUUCUGUGAAGAGUUGGGGUGGACUUCUUAG